AUGGCCAAGCUUUCACCAAAGAUCGCAUGGACACCACCACCGACGACCGAGACGACCGACUAUGACGAGACCGCAUCGACGGAGACCGGACAGAAACCACGAGAUUUUGACCGAACUCGUGGUGCCCCCGGUGGCAAGCUCAAGAUGACCCUCGGUCUCCCCGUCGGUGCCAUCAUGAACUGCUGCGACAACUCCGGCGCCCGCAACCUGUACAUCAUCUCCGUCAAGGGCAUCGGCGCCCGCCUGAACCGGCUACCGGCCGGCGGUGUCGGCGACAUGGUCAUGGCCACCGUCAAGAAGGGCAAGCCCGAGCUGCGGAAGAAGGUCCACCCGGCCGUCAUUGUGCGCCAGUCCAAGCCGUGGAAGCGCACCGACGGCGUGUUUUUGUACUUUGAGGACAACGCCGGCGUCAUUGUCAACCCCAAGGGCGAGAUGAAGGGCUCGGCCAUUACGGGCCCCGUCGGCAAGGAGGCCGCUGAGCUGUGGCCGCGUAUUGCCAGCAACUCGGGUGUCGUGAUGUAA